AUGCUAUUCUCGCAAAGGCGCGCAUUUCCUAGAGAUUCUUUCUUUUCUCGCCUCCUAGACGUUGCUAGUUACAGCAACGGCAAGGUUAUUGUGAAUGAUAAGGAACGUGGCAUACAGGCGAGUUACGGCAAAUUGUUCCAGGAUGCCGCCCAGCUUCAGCAAAAAAUCCGGGAAAGCCUCGUUAGAGACAUCCUUGAUCAGUGUGGAAUAAUCAACCAUGAUCACUUCUACGUUGGUGUUCUGGCUCCGACAGGUUAUGAGUUUAUAGUGGCUUCUUUAUCAGUUCUGGCGCUUGGUGCAGUCCUUAUGCCUAUCCCAACAGGUGCACCCGUCGAAGAAAUAUCUUAUAUGGUCCAACAAUGCUCUGCAGCUUGCAUACUUGUUAGCUCCGAGCAAGGUAAACUAGCCACGCAGGUCGCAGAACGUGUUGCUACAACUGUUAUUCCUAUUAUAAAUACUGCCUCAGCCCCAGAUAAUGAUCCGCUUCCGGUGGGCUUUUAUGAACUAGAACCAGCUCCCUCUUUAUCUGAGAAUCGGCCAGCUAUUCUAUUCUUCACUUCUGGGACUACUGGUGCUUCUAAGGGCGUCCUACAUGCCCGCCGAUUCUUAAACGCUUUAGCGCAAGCCGCACGAUCAGAGUCAGAAUGCAUACGCCUUGAGAUUCAGGACCUAGAGAACCGUCAUGAUUUAAUUUGGGAGAGAUUGCGGCAAUGUGAUAUCACCCACCUUCAGUUACCACCUGAGACAUGGUACAACCUGAUGAGGUUUUUCCAGCAGCGGAUCUCAAAGCUGCCGGUGGAAUCAGCCAAAGAAUAUAUCCGCGGAGCCCAGUAUAUUCGUUAUCCAUCUGUAGCUGGUGGAAUGCCUUCAAAUCUCGUAAAAGACUUUUGGCGGAAUUUGCGUGGCGGGCAGCCGAUACGAGUGAGAUACGGUAGCACAGAAGCAGGGCUUAUAACCGAAGCUGAUCUUGAGGCUUCAAGCAGUGCCGAGUCUAAUAUAGGGGCGCCUAUUCAGAGCGUUGUUACAAAGCUGUCGAACGAAGACGAAGGGGAGCUGCUUGUAAAGUCGCCGACUCUAUUCUUAAGGUAUCUUAACUCUCCAAGGCCUUCAACAGACUGCUUCGAUACAGAAGGAUUUUUUAGGACUGGAGAUUUAGUCUAUCGCCAGGGCAAAAACUAUAUUUUCCGGGGCAGAGCAAAUAGCGACUUUUUCAAGUUUUUUUCCGACAAAGUUCCUAGGUUGGCCGUCGAAUCUUGUUUAGUCAGCCUUCCCUACAUCGAAGAAGGAUAUAUCAUGCCAGUCCCGGACCUUGAGUGUACCUACCGCGUAGCCGCACUUGUGCGUUUUCGCCAUGGCUACGACCGUGUAAAUCUGCAUACACUCAGGGAACAUAUGUCCGCCUAUUUGCCUAUAUACCAAUUACCGACAUUGCUCCGUGUUUUGGAAGAGCAAAAUGCGGUCCCCCGGGCAUUGUCUACAAAGAUCUCAUUGAAGAAGGCUGUAGCACAAUAUUUCCGGCAGGAUGAAGAGAGAAAUUGCAUAGACGACGAGGUGGAAGUGCUGGACUUGGUGCACUCUAUGGAAAUGGAAACACCAAAGGCAUGGGCACUCUCGAGUCUCCAAGAAGUGGCCUUGAACGUUUGA